AUGAUUCUCUCCUUCUCCCAUCUAUUCCCCUACAAAAUGCUUUCUCGUACGUUUGCUCGUUCACUCGCCAGACCAAACAGAGUGAUGGUCAGAGGGUUAUCUGUUUCCAGAACGCUCUACCAGACCAAGAUCGAGGAAAAACACAAAACCGCCGAAACCAUCUACGAUGUUACCGGUCCUGACUCCUCGUUGAUCGGUCCAGGUGCUAAGCCAGGUACUAUCCCAACCGACUUGGACCAGGCUACUGGUUUGGAGAGAUACGAAAUCUUGGGUAAGCGCGAAGGUAUUGAUGUUUUCGACAUGGAGAAGCCAAUUAAGGAAGGUAAGGGCACAAUGGAGGACCCAUACUUGGUGCCCACAUACAUUGGUUACCGUUAUGUUGGAUGCAGAGGUAAGAACGGUGAAGACCACAAGGCCUACUGGAUGAAGGUGGACGAGGCUGAGCCUGCUAGAUGCUGGCACUGCGGCACUGUGUAUGCCGCCAAGUACUUGGGUGAGCCAGGCCACUCUCACCACUAA